UAGCAGAAGACCUGCAGGGAUGAGCUACAAGUUCACCAACGUGGCUACAAUAAAGUCGCCGAGGGAGGUGUACGUGCGAGUCGGACUUCCUAUAUCUCUGACCUGCGAGAUAAUCCCGACGUCCGAUUCCGGAUCAUUGGCUGAGAAAUCGCGCGUCCGAUGGAUGCACAAGGGCCAGGAAAUAACGUCCGAGUCCGAUAGGGGCGGAAUUUCCGUGGAUACGGAUUACAGGGAGAGGAAGAUCACCAGUCGUUUGAGAGUUUCCAUGGUGACCGCUGACGACGAGGGCUUCUACACGUGCACCCAAGAAGCCACCAGACAGGAUUCCGUCAAGCUGAGCGUGGUUCAAGCUGAACAUUCUGAAGCGAUGCAGAGGGACGCAGCCUACUCGAAGGCAUCCAGAUCCGGCGCGACGUUAUCGCUCGUAAUUGUGUACCUCUUAAUUUCCAAAACCAUUAAGACUGUUGUAAAUAUUAUGUAAUAAAAUUAAUUCAAACAAUGUCAGCGGAAAACCUUCUUGUCAUGUUCAUACCCCCGCAGUGUGUGUGUUAAUUAAGUCGCGUUUUUAGUCCGCAUCCCCAACGGGUUUGCAUGGACCAAUUCAUCCACCCUCACACUACGUCUAUUAUGUUAAUUAAACCUCCCAUUAACUUACGCACAAAUUCACCUCAGUUCCGCGCGUUAUCGCAACACGACUCGACGACAGCUAAAGUUCAGUUCGCGAUGAUCCAAGGAAAUACAAAGUCGCUUCCAUUUGAUUUGCUCCACCAAAUACAAAUAGAAAUUCACAUCUUCAAAGACAUACAUUAAUAGCUGUUAAUUAACAAUAAAGCAAUUAAAACACAG